UGGCGGCGACGGCGGCCGUGACAGCAUUUGGAGGGAGAAAUUUCAUACAUCGUGACUGAGUUAGUGCGUGUACGUGCUACCGCGCGUAUAUGCUCUCUCAUUCUCAAGAUUGUGCGCGCGUGUUUGUAUAUGUAUGUAUGUAUAUUAUCGCGCGCGCGCAUUAACGGAAUUCACGAUCAGACACGCAGAGACUCUCAACAAAUGUUUAAAUGGACGCAUCGUCCAUUAUCACGCAAGUGUCGCGGGAUGACGAGCUAGGCCAGUUUAAUAAUGGGAAAGCUCAAUUACCACAAGAAAAUGAAGUGGCCAACAAUAAUCCAGCCAGUGGCAAAAAGCCAAGAGGGCGUGGACUUUUGCGAUCUCUACUUUGUUGUCUUGGUAGAGGACGUGGAAGUAGUUCAAAAAGUUCAAAAACAAGUUCAUUGCAAGGUGAUGGACAUGGUUCUCCAUCCCUGAGGACUGGAUCCCCAAGGUUCCUUCUUCCACCUGUCAGACAUCAGGAUAUGCACAAGAAGUGCAUGGUGAUUGAUUUGGAUGAAACACUAGUGCAUAGUUCUUUCAAACCAAUCAACAAUGCCGAUUUUGUUGUUCCUGUAGAAAUUGAUGGGACAGUACAUCAAGUGUAUGUUUUAAAGAGGCCUUAUGUGGAUGAAUUCUUACAGAGAAUGGGUGAACUUUACGAGUGUGUAUUGUUCACUGCAAGUUUGGCUAAGUAUGCUGAUCCAGUAGCAGAUUUACUUGACAGAUGGGGCGUAUUUAGAGCAAGACUGUUUAGAGAAUCUUGUGUUUAUCACAGAGGAAAUUAUGUUAAAGAUUUAAAUAAACUAGGACGGGAUUUACAACAAAUUAUUAUUGUUGAUAAUAGUCCUGCCAGCUACAUUUUCCAUCCAGAUAAUGCAGUACCAGUGGCAUCAUGGUUUGAUGAUAUGACAGAUUCAGAAUUAUUAGAUUUAAUUCCAUUUUUUGAAAAGCUCAGUAAUGUGGAGAAUAUUUACACAGUCUUGUGCAAUAGUAAUCAUCCUUAUAAUCAAGUACCUUCGGCUAUACAAAGUAGUCCAAGCCCAGGGUCAGGUUCACUUGGUGCUUCCUAGCCCUACCUAAAUUCUAGCCAAAUAGUCAGUAUUGUCAUCGCUCAAUGCACUCUGAGGAGAAUUUUAAUUGGAAUAUUCCACAUUGCUUAUUUGUUAUGUAGCAAUGGAUAAUCAGGUAUGACUUAUUAAAUGCUGGAUAUAUAAUAUAAACAUUUAUCAAAAAAUUGUCAAAAAGAAAUGAAAAAUUGAAUUAUAUAUUAAUUAUUUCGAUAAAACAUAAAUCACAGCUGCUUUCUUUAUUGAUUUCAGUUCUUUUUUCUGAGAAAUAAUAAUACAAUAUUGAUUGUUCGCAAUAUGUCAAAAACAAUGAACUGAUUCUAUUUAUUUAAUUAUUAAAAUAUAAUUGAUAAAAAGUUCAAAAAUAUUAAUCUAAUUGAUUAUAUAACAAGACAUUCUUUUAAUUAAAUUGGAAAAAAAAUAUGUUUUAAAUACAAUUUAUUACACAAUGAAUUAAUGUGUAUAUUCCCGUGUUUGAUGUAUUUGAGAAAAGGAGUAAAUGACAAUGGUAACAAUACAUGAAACAUAAAAUUUGAUAUUUGAUGAAUAAAUAUA